AUGCGCCGGUCCGAGGCCUGACCAGCCCUCAGAGGGACAGGGGUCGCCUCACUGCGACAACAGCCCCCUUCUCCCUCCCUUCUUUUUCUUUUUUUGAGCUCCGCAGCAUGGGCUCGGGGAGGACGCUGAAGUUCGCCCUGUGCGAGGUGCUGCAGUUUGCGGGCCUGUGCGUGCCACUCUUCAUCGUCAUGCAGAGGUUCGCCGUCAUCGUAGCGAAGGUCAAGACGUCGGCGCAGCCCCCCGGAGACGGCAGCACGGCCUACUGGUUGAUCGUGGCCUCCUCUAUCGCCUACGUCACCUCCACCGCCCUGCUGGUCUGGGUGCCCAUGAAGUAUAUGGUCUUCAUGAAGAAGAAGUUUCUCAUUGGGAGGAAGAAGUGGAGGCCUGUGGCCCUCGUAUAUGUGAUCCUUUCAACAUUACCCUGCUUUGCCUUUCUCAUCGCCAGCUCUGAGGUUCAGAUAAAUAACAACAUGAAACACGAUACGUUCACGGAGCUCCCUGUGUCACUAGUCCUCUUCUCUCUCAUCUGCAUUGACGUUGUGGAGAGGAUACGCCACUGCAGACUGACCGGCCAGGCGAAUGACAUGGAGAGGGAUGCUGACAUCCCCUCCACUGUCCUCACACAUGUGGAACAGGUGACGCCUGUCACUCCAGCUGUGCCCGGGCCAGCUGUGCCCGGGCAAGCUGGGCUAACUCCUAUGCCGGCAAACCAGCCCAACGACAGGAACCAGAACGGACCGGGGGCUCGCCCGGAGACCAACGGGACGGUCCCGGGGAUACCGGGUAACCCCGGGAGGCCGUUUAGCAUCUCUGGCCUGAGCUCCCGAUCGGCGAGCACCACGGCGUACCGUAUGUCUCCGUACGCCUACACGGGUCCACUGAGGUUCCUGUGUGCCAGCGACGCCCGAGCGGAAGUGUUUGUGGACAGCUUCAUGUUCUGGAUGGAUACAGUGGAGAUGGUGAGGGUGGCAGGACACCCCGUUGUCUACUACUCGGGCUGGGUGUUCCCCAUCUACAUCUUCAGCUUCCUGUCUUGCCUGCGUGUGGUGGUCAUGCCCCACAGCCCCCUGCUUUCCUCACUCGGGGUGGCGUUGCAGGACUUCCCCUUCUUCCUUGUGCGCGUGGGCCUCGUUGGGUUCUUCGGCUUCGUCACACCCGUCCUCUACCUGAUGAAGAACCUGCUGGUCUGCCUGGCCUUCAUCUAUUUCAACUUCAUCACCAGGCUGAGGGUCUUCAACACAGAGAGGAUGUUCUUUUGAGACCGGCACGUCAAGCAAAGACAUGUUUCAACAUUAAAACAGAUAGCAGGAGCAAGAGGUUGGUCCAAUCAGGAACCGACGGAUGCCAGGAGGAUUCAGGAGGCGGUUGCACCAAACCAAAGUAUGAAAUUGCGACACAGAAUGCAUGAUGGUAUGAUGAUACUUUUCACAGGCCAAAAGGGAGCUCUUAGGCAAUGUUCUCCCAUAAAGGACAUUAUGUGUUGUGUUAUGUAUUAUAUACCUUUAUGUUAAACUUUUUCUACCCCUCACCAUGCAUGGCACUUUGGGAAUGUACAUGUAAUGUCAUUUGAGAUUUUAUAUCAG